AUUACAUUAUUGUAUUAUGCACAUUAAUGCUUUUACUUCAUCAUGUAAUAAAACUGGUAAAACUGGAAGAUGAUUGAUUGCAAAAUAUCAGUUUAAUAUUUUUUUAAUUUCAAUACGUUUCUAGUAAAUAAAUCCAAAAAUAUUUAAAACACAAAAAAUUAAUAUAAUCAUCGUGACUUGAUAAUAUCCUGGCGCCUUUGUUAUAGAUUAUAUUGCCAGAUUAUAAUUUAAAAAAUUAAUAAUAAUAAUUAAAUAAUUUGAUUUAAUUAACUUGUCGCGUAUAAAUAAUAACAUCACAAAUGUAUACAAUCCGUAUAAAUAUUUACCACGAUCAAUUCUCUUCGCAAAUGUAUAUGGAAGAUAUUUUUUUUUAUAUUCUCAACUUUGCGACAAAAAUAUUUUUAAUUUAUAUUUAAAAAUAUCACUCGGUUUUUUCAGAUAUUUUCUUUUUUCUCGCAAAAUAUUCUAUAGUAAUAUUAUUUUAUAUUAUAUAUUUUUAAUGUAAGUUUUACAAGAUUUUACGUUGACGACUCGUUUUUAAAAUAAAAACUUGUACCAUCAACAUACAUGAUAUAUUGACCGAUAUUGGCAGAUGUUAAUUAAGACGCUCGCGAUACUUUUGGUAUUUUGAGUGAACAUGCUAUCAUUUACUUUGCGGCAGCUUGCUCAACGCGAAAGUUACAUACAUAUGUUGUAGGUCUUCCUUGCAGCCCUCACACCCGGUAGUAAACCGAUCCGUACUCUAUUCGGUAUAUCGAGUUACCACGUUGUUACGCGCUGCGACCGGAGAACCGGUCCGGACUCUCUCUAUGAUGGACUUAUCGCAGUGAGCGGCUCCGCAGCAUGAACCGCGAGAAUAUUCCGUUGUGCUGGAGGGAUGCGAAUUCGGGAUUAUCGCUAUUUUUCGCCACUUUGUGCAUCGUUGACAUUUUCGGUGUGUUUCCGAUAAUCGCGCUACCGCGGUCGAUCGUCCAAUGCGGAUUGUACGGGAUUCCUCUGGUGCUCAUUGUCUUCAGUUUACAAAUUUAUACGGCUAUUCUCUUGGGAAGGUCAUGGAUCAUCGCGAGUACUCUGGAUCCACAGAUUUUACGAAAAAAUCGCUAUCCUCUCGCAGCUGUGACAGAAUUGACGAUGGGACCGCGCGCACGAUCUAUUGUCACUCUUCUUUUAGAUCUGACAGUUUUCGGUUGCGGUAUUCCGAAUUUGCUAGUUGCUUCGCAGAACCUGCAUCUAUUCGGGCUCAAAAUAUCGGGACAGCGUUUCGAUUUCUCUUUCUGUUAUUGGCUGCUAAUAGUCGGCGUUUUACUUUGCCCGUUGAUGUGGCUGGGCAGUCCGCGAGAUAUGAAAUGGGUGGCAACGUGCUCCAGUAUCACGGUUACUUUAACAGCGAUAUUAGUAUGGUGGAGCAUCAUAACUGACGAUCGAGCAUCAUCCAACUUUGCGCCAGUAGUCACUUCACCGACAUGGGAUAAAUUUAUUUCCGGGUACGGUAUGCUAGCUUUUCAAUUCGACGUGCAUCCUACUUUGAUGACGAUACAGGUUGAUAUGCGUCAGCCGCGAGACAUCGACAGAGCCAUAUUUUCCUCUUUCUUAACAAGCGGAUCUUUGUUCGCCGUUACCGCUUGCCUAGCUGUGUGGAAGUACGGUGAUAAUACGACGGCCAAUAUUCUUGAAGCUAUGCCAUCGGGAUCAGUUGCCGAUAUCGCUAUUCUAUUAGCCGCUCUUCAAUUAUGUUUUUCCAGUGUAAUCGGUUACUCAGCGCUCUUCCAGCAUCUGGAGGAUCACUGGAACGUGCGAAGAACAUUUGGAUGGAAACGUUGCGCCAUGAGAUCGGCCGUGGUUUUACUUAGUGUGGCCGUGGGUGAAUCGGUAUCACGAUUCGAUAUCGUCAUGGCCCUCAUCGGUGGAUCGUUAACCGGAUCGCUGGUUUUCGUGUUACCCCCUCUAAUAUACAGCCGAGCAUUAAUUUUAAAAGGCAGGUCGAUUCGAGAAUCAACUACCGAAGGAAAAAUCUGUGUGGGUUCUCGCAAGAGAUUCAACAGCGAAGAGCAACGUUCGACAGAUUCCGGAGCUCAUUCGCGUUCUAUCUAUUACGGUUUCUUGAAUGCCACGAAUAAUCCUCACAGAUAUGCAUAUCUAUACUUUGAUGACUUGGACGAAGAGACAAAUUCAUAUUCAAGCGAAUUUGUCGAUUGCUACAAGGACGAAGGAGAGAAAAAGAAUAUCAUCCAAAUUCCGAUGAUUAGCACUCAUCGGGAGGAUCAGCCGCUUCUCAUUGAUGCAGCGGAGCCAACCACAAGUCGAACCACGAAAUCUACAGGCGAUCUGCAACAAGAGAUUGCGGAAAUGACUGCGAACAAGAAAAAGUUAUGGACUCUCGAAAGAAUGAUUAAUUAUCUCGGCUGUUUCAUAAUAACGAUUGGUAUAGCGAUCACGCUAUCUUCGACAUACGUCAACAUUUGGAACACCAUACGUUACGUACGUUUUACACCGCCAUGCAUCAUCAACGCUACAGCAAAUCGAGCCUCUACGUCAUAGCUUAGUUUUAUUAUAUAUACAAUUAAUAAUAUGUUUGU